AUGGCGGUAUCUGCUCUUAUCCGUUGUUCGCACCUUCGACGUUUCAUCGGCAUAAGCAACAAUGCUGUCGCCUUAUUCCCGGAUGCCGCGUGUCAUUCGAAUUAUAUUAAAUUGCGAUCUUAUACAACGUCUAGCAAUGAAAUUGAAAAGAUAAUGAAGUCUGGUGCGAAAAAACCGGAGAAAAAAAUUAGCAAAGCUAUGAUGGUGUAUUUGAAUCGUGCAAAAGAACAUGAUGAAUUCAUGAAGAAAGAAAUUGCAGAAUAUGAGAUAGGGAAAAGACACCUGGCCAACAUGAUGGGCGAAGAUCCAGAAUGUUUUACACAAGCGGAUAUAGAUAGAUCAAUCCAAUAUCUAUUUCCAUCGGGACUAUUUGAUCCUAAAGCUCGGCCAAUGAUGCAACAUCCGGAAAAGAUUUUUCCAAACAGGAAAGCAGCAGAAUUUGACAAGACUGGAAGGCCCUUCCACUCUAUGUUUUAUACCUCGAAGCCGAAUUAUUAUGAGACACUAUAUAAUAUUGUGGAUAAAAUGAAAUCUCUGAAUGAUAUUGAAGACUCGUUGAUAAAGCAAGGGACAUUACCUAUGGACAAAGUCAAUCUAAUAGGCUCCGUGUGGUUAUUAAAGCAUGAGAUUGAGAAAUUACUACUCGAGAAUGUUACUGAUUUUGAGUACAACUAUCUUAUUACGUCAUUAGAACGAUUGUGUGAUCAUCCAUUGUCAAGGCGUGCAACAGAUCUCAUUACAAAAUAUCGUAAAACACUUGCUUUCCAUUCCAUUGACAUAGUAAUACCACCUUUGGAACACGACGUCACAGGAAGGCCAUAUAUCACGGUCAAAAAUUGCAUGAGGAAGAAUGCAAGAGGUGAAGUGACAAUUUGGGGUAAUGGUUCUGGAAAGAUUGUCAUUAAUGGACGGGACAUCACAUACUUUGAAGAGUUUAAUCAUCGGGAACAGCUUUGA